AUGCAGAAAAAGAGAGAGGAGCUCCUUGGGUUCGUGGAUUACCAGGACGUUGGGACUGUGGAAGAACAUCUAGAGCUUGUUGAAGAUCCUUAUCUCAACAGGUACGCCAAGCCGGAACGUCCAAAAGUCAUGAUAUCCGAGCGGAAGGAGGACCAGCAGUACCCAUCACUGCACGAAGCUCUCCGCGGCGACGAAACCAUUACACAAGUCAUAACGAAGUUGGGAACUGCGGUCCGCACCAAGCUCAGGUAUCCUACGAGAGUCGGCCUGGAUCCAAUAUACGAAAUGUACGCGGCCUUGCCCGAACCUCGAAUGAUACACAUGCCGGCGGGGCUGCGCCACCGUUUGCUCAGGGUAUUCGGCACACCGAAGAAAAAAGAGACCCAGACAAUGCUGCGAUACUUUUCUCUGCUAGGCGAUGUAAAAGACUGCGGCAUACCCCUUCGCCGCAACGAAUGGAACCAUGCCCUUGCUCUGGCCAGCAGGUACGUUGGCAAAACUUCCGACACGGAGGCGGAGUCUGCUCUCCAGCUAUGGAAGGAAAUGGAAAAGCAAUCAGGCGUCAGGGGCAAUUCCGUCACGUUUAAUAUUCUCUUUGAUGCUGCGUCGAAGUCUGGAAAUUUUCCAUUGGCUGAGAUGUUGUGGAAGGAGAUGAGUGCACGGAAGAUCCCAUUCAACCGGUAUCAUCGCGUCAGCCUCAUUCAUUUCUUCGGGCUCCAGGAGGACCCCGAUGGUGUCCGUGCUGCCUACAAGGAGAUGGUGGACGCUGGAGAAAUGAUUGAUACUGUGGUUCUGAACUGCGUCAUCUCCAGUUUUCUUAGAUGCGGCGAAGAUGAGGCGGCGCUGAAGGUUUACAAUUACAUGAAGGGGAAUUACUCAGAAGCUGUCAGUCUGCCCCAAAACGACUAUUUCAAGGACAAGGUAGUUACCAAGGUCCUUUCCAUGUUCGCAGAGGUCGGCCGAAAAGUGCCAGCACUGCGGCCCCAGCUGCAGUCAAUCGCGGGCAGCACCCCUGAUAUGCGGACAUAUCGUACCCUCAUCAACCACUUCGGCAUCCGGAGAGGCGAUCUUGGCAGAGUCGCUCAGUUUCUCGACGAGAUGAUGUGGUUUGAGGUACCCGUUCAUGGAAGCAUCUUCCUGGCUCUGUUCGAAAGCUUCACAAAGAACGGGGGCACUGCCUUCUCCGGGUGGACGAAGGCCCGGUUGGAGAAUGUUCUGUCUGCGCUGCUACUAGCGCUUGACAAUAAAGUCCAGGGUCUCUAUCUCGACACUUGGCUCAUGAUGUGGGCGCUUCGGGCCUUCAUGAAAUGUACAAAUAAUGACAGAGUGUUGGAGGUGUACGGGGAGUUCAGGAAGAGGUGGGAGCUGGCGCCAGACAGAGCGCAGUUCAUGGACAGUUAUACCGCCAGGCUCUUGGAGGGCAAGAGUUCGGUCCUUUCCAAGCAGUUUGUGCCCCGGCAGCAGCAGCAGCAGCAGAAGCCCGAAGCGUCCAGGAAACGGCCUUUGUAUGUAAAACACCCUUAG